AUGUCGGACGAAGAGGAAGAAGGAGGCUCUUCUGGGGCUGGAAGGAUAUUCAUCAAUAAUUUGGAUUGCUAUUUGACAAAGAACAUUGCACUUGUAACUGCACAUUUCUCAGGUUUUUUAUCUGCGCUUUAAAGCACCUGGCCACAUGCAAGCCCGGUCAGGCACUUGACGAAGCGGAAGAAGAGCCGCAGGAUGAGGAAGAAGCUGGAGUAUUACAAGAACCAGAAGAGCCGACUGAAUUAAAACUUACAGGCUAUAAAAUAAUUGGAACGCUUAAAAAUCCGACGUCACAAAAGCCGGCUUUUGUAGAGGAUAUUUUAAAUGUUAGUCUAUUUUUUCCUAUAUUUUUCGUAUAGUGCGACAGCCGACGAGCGUUUUAUGAGCAUAUUAUUGAGUGUGACACCGUAAUAUACGACAUAACUUCUGACCCGAAGCAAAUUGAUGAAGUGCUGUGGGUGGCGUCGUCGCUUGAGGACGAUUUCGAACGCUUCACAAAGAAGAAAGUACUUAUACUUGUCACACACCUUUUGAGUUGGCUUCGCACAAAAUCAGUCGAUUCAGUAAGUCUUCAAAGUUAACUUGCACUUUUCUGCUUUUUUGUAGUCAAGCUUUUGACCAGUUCACAAUCCAUAGUUGUUAUAUUUAUUCAAACUAAUGUUCGUACCUUCGCAUGUCACUAGAUGACAGGGUCUGCUGUAAAAAGUAGAUGGAUUGCGACUCCCAAACUUUUUCGAGUCUUUGUUGCCCGCAUAUUACGUACCACUUCAUUGUGAGAUUAGAUGGAGCUUUUAUCUUUCUGAAGGCGAGUACUCAUCCUAUCUUCUCCGAGGAAGGUCAUCGAAAAAGGAAACCUCAUCCGCUAUACUCUCGCCACCUAGAUGCAGAGAAGGCCAUACUCCGCUCAGGAAAGAGGGUUUGGCGAAGUAUAAUUUUACGUUUUUUGAAUGUUACUAGCAUAGGUCGAGGUUUUCCACCUAUGUCUUCGGAUGUGGAAUUCCAUACGGAGCGGAAGAAGGAAUAUUUGCUCCUUUUUUCAAGGUGACCUUCCAACCUUUGUAAUCUCCAUAUUGCUUCUUUAUUAAACGAAUCUUCAUAAGACGUGUAAUUUCUUAAUAAUGGUUUUGGGCCUUUUGACAAAAUGUUUGCACAGGAAGCAUGGCUGAACAAAAAACAACUUGAAGUGUACGGGCCAGGUGACAACAUGAUUCCAACCAUUCACGUGAAAGAUUUAGCAGCGUACGUCCGACCAUCUUAAAUGCUGCCAUUUUUACCAGAUGAACAAUAUUUCUGCGCUUCUAUAACCGUUAGUUUUUGCAUUUAAGUCUCAUUCAAGCCGUACUGGAGGCACGCCCACGAACGCGCUACAUGAUAGCAAAAGAUUCAAGCCAGAAUACUCUUGGGGAAAUCAUUGCGGUACUUCAAAGUUAAUUUGUUUCGUUUGACUUUUUCCCAGAACAGUACUUUUUAAAUAAGGCUUCUGGUUUAAUUUCAGGCAAUAUCUGCCAGAUUCAGUACCGGUGACGUUCGAAGAAUGACAGCGCAGGAAGUUGAUAAUUUAUACAAAACCCCGGUACGCAUUUUUUAAAAAGUUUUAAAGUAGAAGUGCCUUUUUGAAAGCAAGCCAAAAGACUAAAAAUUUGCUUUAAAAACUUGGUGUCUUAUAAUAUGCCGUACUGUAUAGCAUGAUGCUUCUUUCAUUAAACAUGUUAUAAUGAAGAUUGAAACCUGAAUUGGCCUUGGACAAAGAAACGAAAUUACACUGAUUUUUUAAAAUCUAAAUCUACUUAUGUAAUUUUUCCGUAAACAUGCCAAAAAGAUCUCCUUAAUCAAUGCGUUUAUAAACAAUCUUGGAAUAUAUUUUCUUAAAUAUAGCAAAGUUGGUUAUCUUGGCAAACAUGCACCCAUUAUUUCCGAGCUUCUUGAAAUUACUGAAAAAAAUUAACGUAACAAAAGUUUGUUCCUGGGAUUUUGGCUAAAUAAUUUGUCUCACAUUCUUAUUUGUAAUUAUUUACAGAAGCUCCUGGUGAAAAAUCAAAUCUAUAAGCACGUGAUGCGACACUAAAAUGAGCUUGCUGUACCAGUUUUAAAUGACAUAUGACAGGUGAAAUCUUUUGUCAGUGCACCAAAUGACUGAUGAGGUAGAUUUCAGGCUGCCCUAUUCUUAAAAUCCGUUAUAUAUUGAGCCUCUCACCGUCUAGGCUUAAUUUCUUUCCAUGGCUUUGAUUAUAUCAAGUUAUGGACACCUUAUUAAUAAGUUUUUAAGGGAUUUCACCGGACUGUCUGUCGCUAUGCUUUACAUAGACAUUUACCCCAAAAAUUAUGAGAAGUAGUAGUCUAACACACAAUUUUCAAUUUAAUGUCAUCAUAAAUCACCACGAUUAUUAUUUCCUUCUUAAGCGCCACGAGAUCGACCAGCUGACAAUGGACGCUUCCCUCGAAGCAACAAUUCUGAAAGAGGAAUAUCAGAUACAGUGGAAAUCUGAGACUGGAAUGGUGGAAAACAUGCAAAUGUUGGCUCAGGAGUAUUUGAAGAGCCGAGACCUUAAGGUGUUAUUAAAGCCCUUCUACCCUAGUCAAAACGCUUUUCUUGUUUAAGGUAGUGUGUAUAACAGGCUUUUAAAUAUCAGUCACCAACUUCCUUUCAUAAAAUAAGCGGUCCAAGACCUAAUGCUCUUGUGCGAGUUCAACACUUUAUGGUUUGGUGACCUUUCUAAAGUAAGGAUAACUCGAUUUACUUAGAAUCUUCUAAAUUAAAAACUCGAAAUUUACUUUAGUUGCCGCUUAAUACCGAGUUAACCAUAACUUAACAACGACGAUCUGAAUAUCGUUUUCUAGUUUAUAUGGCAAAAUCCUCAAUAGCUAAGGUUGUUAUUGGUGUUAACCGCUUGGUCUCGCAUGGAAACUCCCAUUUUGAUACUUUUUUUCCACUUUUCUUAUUCACUAAAUUUUAAGCACUCCAAUCAAUUCUAAUUUUGAGAGACGCUUGCCGAUCUUGACGAACUCCCAUAGCAAUAUCUACUUUGCCACUCCCUGCCAGAGAUUUGUCCUUUUUAUCCAACUCCUUUCCGAGCCUUUAAGAGUAAGCGUUUGCUGAGCCUCCCUAAAGGCCACCUGGCGACCUAUCUCAGCGGACUCUGUAUAAUUUAGAGAAACAGAACGUAGAAUAACCCUAAUUGUAACUCGAAAUAUUGUAUCUACUGACGAUGUUUGUGUUCGGGCUCUUCAAAUAACAAAAGUGGUCGCUUAUUCAAUGACGAAAUCAGUGAGGGCACUUAGCCGUCAGCACUACCAAGCACCAGACGGAACCUCCAACUUGCUAAUCCCCUUAGACGUCCUUCUUAAUUUAACCAGUAUCAGAUUGCCCGCGAGUGCGUUGAUUUGGUGCAAUUUAGACAAUUUUCACGGCUCUUUUAGUCUCUGUUAACUGAGUUCUACAGUUAAUGACCGAUCUCAUGAAGCAACAAACAAAAUUCUGAAAUGCGUAUUCGUUUGGAAAGAAUAACUUAAGUGGGCUUGUCAUAUCUAAAUCAGUCAUAUUUUAAUGGAUGCUGCUCCACACCUUGAAGACUGCCUGUAGUAAGUUAUAAGGUUCUGGUAAAUGAGAAGAUGGAUUUUAUAUCUGCCAGUCUCUUAGGAAGAUUAUCAGAAUCAAAGAUACCAAUAAAAUUCUUUUAAACAGACUGUCUACUGCCUAAACUGAAACCUUUCUGUAAAUGAAAACAGUGGCAGAUGUGAGACUUCUAGAAUAAAAUACAACAUACCGUAAUUCAAAUACUUACUCGAAUUACCCGCCAUGCAUGGACUUUUUUAACUGUUUUCGUAUUGCCAAAGGUUUUUGAAGAAUUCAGUAAAAUCGUGAGAUCUAGCGCGCCAAAGACUCCUUAAAUUCAUCGUAAGAAGAAAACCUACAUGUCAUUUAACCGUUAUAGGCAUCAUAUAAGGACCUCAUUAGGUUCGCAAAAUUAAUGGAUGGGUGUUUGUCCGUGCAUUUUUGCACAAAUACCCGAUUUUCAGCAACAAAGAAUGUCAGAUGCACUGAUAAAAUUCGGUUCAGUGAAAUUCUUUUGCCCCAUCCUAUAUUAUAUUAUAUAUUAUAUAGGCAGAAUGGUAUUACCGACAAAGACAAGGGAGACUGGAAUGGCCAUUUCUGGCUUAUUAGCCGUCGUCAGCCAGCCAUACCCAAGCCCGAAGUGUGGGACAUCUGGGCCUCGAACUCGCGACCUGUUGGUUUAGAAGUCAACGCCUCUACUCAGCGGGCCACGAGCCCGUUGCCCUGUCGGUUUUCGAUCGGGAAUAUACAAUGUUAGUGGGCGCUCACCGAACGUUCAUACGGAACUCACUCGUUCCGUUGUGCCUUAAGGGCUCUCUCUCGAGCCCUACCAGCAGCCGCGCAGCGGCGCAUGAUAUAUAGGCAGAAUGGUAUUACCGACCAAGACAAGGGAGACUGAAAUGGCCAUUUCUGGCUUAUUAGCCGUCGUCAGCCAGCCAUACCCAAGCCCGAAGUGCGGAACACCCGGGUCUCGAACUCGCGACCUGUUGGUUUAGAAGUCAACGCCUCUACUCUGCCUAUAUAUCAUGCGCCGCUGCACGGCUGCUGGUUGGGCUCGAGAGAGAGCCCUUAAGGCACAACGGAACGAGUGAGUUCCGUAUGAACGUUCGGUGAGCGCCCCCUAACAUUAUAUAUUAUAUAUAUAUAUAAUGUGCAUAUUACAAAGAGGAAGCCCAGUUUGCCAUUAUGAUUUCCGGAAAGCAUGUUUGCCUUCUAUGCUUCUCGGUACUGAGCUCCGUCCUGUUAAUCUUCUUUUUAAAAAUCAUAACAUUUAUAAAUGUUGGUCAACAGCUUUCCUGUUUCGGAUGCGACUGCUCUAUUCACUACUUUCUCAGUCUGCAACAGCUGUUUGUCGUCCCUCCUUCCGAGUUCAAAAUAAGGGGGCACCGGAUAGGUCCCACAUGCCGACCUAGAAGAGCUCAUUUCGCGCAGAACCCGACACCCAUUAGGAUGAUCAGCACUUCGAUUCCGCUUUGCGACACCCCUUCUUUGAUUAUGUGAAUUACGUGUUUCCACUGUAUGACUCGAAAUAAAACGCCCAUUUCUGAGAAAGUUUAGUAAGGUUUGUCCUGACGAUCAGUUUUUUCCACUGAAUUUCCUAGCCACUCCGUAUUUGUGUCUUGGGAGCACCAUUCGUCGGUAAAACGACUCUGGCAAUGGAACUGGCUCGGCAUUACGGGCUUCACUACAUACAUAUCCAGGCAGUAAUAUUGGAAGUCUAUACCAGAUUGGUAAGUCUCAGCUCGACUUCCUUUAAGUCGGAAAUUUUUUAUUUCACCUUAAAACUUUGCCCCAAGAUUGAAUCUUUUUGGCAGGGCCAUAUUCUGUGAGUAUUUAGAAAUUACGAGGUCGACGGAUAGCUGCUUUUAUUAGUCCAUCCUAGAGCGAUAAUAUCCUUGUACUCAACGAAUAAGAAAGAAGAACACUCGAUUACCCGGGAUAUCCGGAAAUCAGUUCCCAAGACUUGAUAAGCUGAUGCGUUAUCGGUGGAACAGCCUAAAAUCUCCCCGGCCUUCGUUAGCUGCCGGCCCAUUUUUCAAUGUCCUCGGCAACGAAAGCAUGAUUUGGUGCUCGUAUUGUGAGCCUCUACUUUUUAUAUUCCCAACAGGUACUCAGGCAUUCGUCUGUCUACUUCCUUCCGGGUGGUCAAAUCAAAUUCAAGGUGAAUAGACAUGAGACCUGAAGGAAGAGGUUGCAUUUCUACACUUGGUUGGCAACACCGACAGUUGUAUGGCUUGAAUCAGUUAACGUCAGCCUGGUGAUUGCCAAGUCCGCGAAAACCCGUGAUUGGUUGUCCUCGAGGCUACAUAUGUGUAUAUUCGACCACAAGGGAGGCCUGGGACUCUAACCAGAACCCACUGUAGCAUAACCUCGAAGUAUCCCCCGUUUACCUCUUCUGGUUCAAGUUGCAGUGUCUCAAGCUGGAAUAUGACGUGCGUCUCUGGCGCAGACGCCACGCUUAGAAUCAUCUGACUACGUCUACCGAAUGCUCGGAAUAUGCGGGCAUGUGGCCUUUAAGGUGGCCAAUCACAGAUGAUCACCCAAUCAGCUCAACUAACUGGCCCUGACUGACACUAACAAGACAUCUAUUCACGCCCAUAUCAACCUAGCGAACAGCAGACUUUUACUGGUCCUUCUAUUUCUCAGCCAAAACAGGAUUUGAGCCGUAACUAGAGUGCUGCUCUGAGUACAUUCAUUGCUAGGAUGUCACAAAGUCAAACUCUACAAGUUACUCAAGGAAAGGGCAGAAAUGGGAUUUCGUAAAUAAACUAUAGUAUAUGCUAGUCUGUGGAUGGCUGUACGAAGUUCUUGUGAGUGCCCUUUUGGUGUUGGGCAAAAGAGUGGCCUUCCACGGGAACCCUAAACAUGAGGUGGUGUUCCUUCGAAAGAAGCAGGUUUUUUUAGCAGGGACUGCCCAUACGAUUGAUGGCCCGUUUUGAUUUUGGACCUGUGGAAGGUCCUCAGCUUGAAUUCGCAAAACUGGGGCGACCCGAAUUUAAAUCAGGGUCCAGUUAGUCAUUAAGUCCGUCUAUCUAACAGCUUGGUCAUGGACUCAUGCUCUUAUGACUGUGAUCCAGUAUAUUAAAAUGCCAAUGGUCCGGUUGAAUGAUUUACGUUUGUAGAGUCUAUGCAGUAAUCGUCCUCAGAGCCCCAUAAUGAUUACAGCCCGAUCCUGCCUUAGAGGAGAAGGAGAAAGAUGCAAGUGGGAGUCGUGCGUUCUGUGCAGAAACGGAGUGGUAGCCAGAAUCUCAACCCGAGGUGCCUAUACACUCGGGCGAUGCAGGCGUGAAUGCAGUCCACGCGGAAUCAGUCAGCGCCAGUUAGAUGUGUUGGUUGAAUGAUUACGGAGUCUGUGGGCGUCUCUGAUUGGCUAUCCACGCAUGUCCCGACCACUCAAGAGUCGUGGCAUAGGUACCAGACGCGGACGGCGUACACACACUUGAGGCGCUACAGGUUUCAUGCCUAGAGUCUCCACAAGCACACGAGUGUUCGGGAUCAAGGAAUAACAAUUCCUAGUCCAGAAAUAUUGGGGGUUAGCAUUUCUCAAUCACGAUUCGUUUGAACUGCACUGUCGUCUAGCUGGCCAAUUACCUUGGAGAUCUGACAACCAGUCUUGAUAUGCUUGUUUCAAGUCCAUCCUCAACAACAUCCGCAUGCCCCUUCCCUACUGUCCAGCCUACUUGCCGUCCCACCCAUCCUUGGCCUCUUGUCUUUCAUCAUUGUGUUAUGUUACUCGUUAAAUUAGUAACAUGAGGACGCUAUAGCUGUUCGUCUCUUUCCUCUCUCCCCCCCGCCCUCAGCGUAAACUUAUCAAGGCCGCGAAGAAGAGCAAGAAGGGAGCACGGGAGCGCACGAUGCCGACACUGGAGAGGACGCCGGCUCUCCUUCCGACUGCUACCUCUGUCGACGUUGCGGAUGAGCAUCUGGGCACCCCGGUGUUCAAUGCACCAGCUGAUACCACACACACGGUUUCAAAGAUCUCCGAACUACCCGAUGAGAGUGAGUUUACGCAUUUCCCCAUAUGGAUGUGAUAUUGGUACUUCAGUGUGCAGCUAGCUCCGCGUCAUCAGUAACUCUUUUCUCGUGGAAAAGUAGACUAUUCGAAUGCCGGAGGGAAGCACAUGAACAAACUCUGCAGUCGCGUUGUGGCACGCUAAUAUACACUAAUAUCAACAGAUGGGACCUUGUUGGUGGCUUAGAUUGCCUCCUUAAAUGCCUGUCUUUCGGGCCGUAGAUCAGCCCGUAGCGCUUUUUACGCAGGUGUAAAGUCAGUAUUCGAUGGCUGUUCUUAGAAAAAUUGAACAGGCAUUCGAAUGGCUUAGUCUCUUCCGUCAGUCAGUAGACUACGCUGGACCCCGAUAUUCAGGCUGCAAUCACCCGAUGACUUGCCUUUUUUUCCAGACCAAUCUGUUACUUGCACAGUUUAACAUGUCACAAGGUGCGUGCGCGUGGUCUUUGUGGGCCAUUUGCGCUUUUUGUCUGUGUAAUCAUAGUAGGUAGUGCAUCGGCAAUGCUCUCAGCAGCCUAUGAGUACCCCGCCUAUGCGCGCAGUAUACCGCAUUCUUAGUUGAUUCGCUAAUUAAUUUAUCCAGCAGCGGCCGCAAACGUCUCUUUGAUAUCCUUUAAGUUGGUCACGGCCACCUUGGUCAUCAAAUGCCCGUUUUCGCACAGAACGACCGUUGAGAUAUCUAAGAAUUCGUCCGGUGUUGGUUGCUUCUUGGCGGGAGACCAGCUUAAGAAGGCUAAUUUUCCCCCGUUUCGCCUUCCUUCGUGAACUGUACACCUUGGAAAGGCCGAGAAAGCACUGCAGAACACCCACCCAAAACAUCGCGUGGCCGACGUGACAAUUCUUUGAAAUCACUCGCAAAACAAUUACUACCUUCCAAAUUCAGUAGGCCAAUAAAAUGUAUAAAAUAUUAGGUGUGAAUGCCGGCAGUAGGCGAGAUCGUAUUGUGCAGGAAGCUCCGGAAAGAACUUUAGAAUAACAUGGCUGCUUCGCGGACGGUUAGUAGACUUUGAAAGAAAUCCAAUCCCGAGAACUGGUCGGUGAGUACGCCACCUGUAUUGCCUUUGGCCGUGAGGCGACUGUUCACAUAUCGGCAAAUUCAGUAUAAUUAUUAGCGUAUGAUCGACACUUCCAACGGCAUUGUCAGCAUAUUUACACUGAUCGGGUAACAGGAAAUUAUGCAUAAUCUCAGACGUUCAGUCAAAUCCAGUUUAUUCACACAAGAGACGCAUCACCGCCCAUUCCGUAGGGCGCAGCACCGGUGACUUGUGCGUAAGUUAGUUUAUGCGAAAGUUGACUGGCGCAGUGUCUACUACACACUCACCUCCCCCCACCCACCAGGCUCUCAUGGUAUGACAGUCAAGAUGGCCGAAUGUGGACAGAUGUCAUUUGGUUAUGUCCACUUGUCUAAGAAAAACUUUGGAGGGUUGCGAGAAAUCCUACAUCAAUACCGUGACUCUAAAACCCGCAGUCAUAAUGACGUGAACGGAACGCCACGUCCGUUAUUCCCGCGUGGCUUAGGGAACUCUGUCUGCGGACAUUAUGAAGGAAGCCGGAGGGCAUGAUGAAUAAACAAGAUCACAGUCACAAAAGUGACGAUUAUGGAUCCGAGACACUGCGUUUUCCGUUGGUGCCCCAUGUUUUGACGCUGAGAUGGACUAACAUAGCGACGAGUGAUCGGAAAUGGACAGUAAUAAUGAUUUUUAUGAUCCCCGAUCGCACCGCACAGGGGGAGCAGAAUACCUUUCACAAGGAAUACUGACUGAGAUUCACAUUGGGAGCCUGUGCGGCGCCUGAGCCUUGCCCCUCCCCCCGCAGCCAGUCGUCGAAGGGGAAAACGUCGAUCGACCUUCCACCGUCGCUCAACCGGGGAGCUGACUCACGAGCGGCACAGGCAUUCACCCAACAAGGGCCUUUGGGCUGAUCAAAAGCCAUAUGGUUAAACGGACACGCCUGCGACUACCUACUGAAUUCCCCGCACAUCCGCAAGUGAAUUGCGCACCAGCGGUACUCGUAGCUGUUAGUUGUCCAUGUCAGUCAAGCGCCGGGACCUUGUGGAUUCACCGAAGUCUAUCAUACUGCGCUCCUUCCGUAGAGAUAAUUAAUAUACUAUAGCGUUGUUUAUUUAGUUACUAGGCGAUGCCCCUGAUGGCCUUAUUGAAAACGAUGCAUAUAAUGUUACUAAAAUGUUGUCAGUAGUGUAUUUCUUAACGGAUAAACUUUCCACAGUGUGGAACCGCAAAGGUUACGGCAGGCGUCCUUUCCAUGCACAUUUAAGAUUAAUUCCGUCUUUUAUUCACGUGAUUCCACUAUUUCAGAACCGAGCACUCCGCCACCGUCUGAGGUCGUUCUGAUGAGCAGACUGACACAGGAGGUGACAGCACGCUACCCCUUCGAUCCGGAAAUCACCUGGGAGUCAGAUGCUCAGUUGGAGAUUCUUGCCAGUGACGCAGAGGAAGAACUCAAGGAGUUUAUCAGAGCGACAUCCCCCGAAUGUCGUGUAGACGAUGCCGUCGUAAUCAAGUGAGUCAGUUGACUGACCUUAUCUUGCGUUUUGCAGCCAGGGGAAACCAAACUUGUGAGAAAUUUGAAAACUAACUUUUGGCCUGAAUUGCUAUGGAGUCCAAGGCUUUUCAGACAAUGGCUUGUGCAGUAUUCAUUUUUGUCAACGUCCUGGUGGUGGCUAUUCUGUCAGUUCGCACAAAUUGACUUUCUUAUCGUCAGCCUGUUAAUUACAUCGUGCGCGAAGUUUUCAGUUUAUACACCUCUGAAUGGAGGCCAUUGGAGUGGAAAGCCAGUGAAAAUCCCUACAAAAUUUGUGUCAAUCCCUUUUCAAUGUAAUGAGUUCUCUCGAAGCCUCCCCUAGCCUCUAUGGCUGACUUGAAGGAGCUCCGAUAGGCUUCGUACUCUCGUGAAUCAAAAACCUGGUUAUCUGUCGUGUGGACCAGGGGGUGCGGGCUCAUCCGUGCUACCCACCUGCGUCCUCCACCACCUCGGGUCUCCUUGAGUCUGUCUUGACACCAGGCCCAGGUGGGGGAGGGAGAACGAGUGCGAUGGAUGCUGUGCAGGUCUAAUGUCACUCUUACCCAGGUUUUUGCACAUGUCAUCGUCCCUGCCCCCACCCUACCGCGGGGCACACGGUGGACAUCGUCUGAUGCGACGGUCGAACUGUCGGGUGGCCUUCUGAUAAGAUUUGGGACUUCGUUGUCAUAAUCGGGAAGCACGUCCUCUGCUGCGUCCUGCUACAACAAGUGAUGACUGGGUCGUGUGUGGCACGUGUAGACGCGUCAUAUGUCAGCCACUUCAACCAAUCCCAUUAGCAGUCGUUUGACAGACUCGCGCAACUAACCAGUACAUGGGAGUUGGAAAAGAGAGUGUGGUGGACAUCGGGGCGAUCCAUCCCCACGGCAAAAUCAGUGCACUGUGAUGGGUUCGACGGUGCAUCCAAAACGUCAGCCGAAUAAGACGCCUGUUCCAGCGAUCACCCCCCGUUUCUUACUGGCAUUACUGAUUAUAAUAAAUCAGAUUCGCUCCAACCUACCCCGAUUACCUAGGAGUCAUGACUUGGAAGGAUGCCAGCUGACAAGGCUAGAACAAGGAAUCAGGUUUCAGUGGCUCCUUCUCGGUGCGACCUUUAAGGCAGUCUUGCUCACGGGAGAUCCGAACUGCCAUUUCAGAAGUUUGGCGUAUGUAAUAGGAACCAGAUCGUGUGUGGCACGCGCAGAUAGACUGUUUAACUUCGCCAGCCAUCGUGCCUCAGCCUACUCCUAGUCGUCUGUACAGUAGGUGGGCUAAUUCCUGAAAUGUCAACCGAAACUCGUUUUCGUUUCUAAAAGAUUAAUUAAGUAGGGUUGUAAAACUGGUCAGCCUGCAACAUAAUUCUAUAAUAGUUCAGUUACCACAGGAUUCCGGCUUUCGAAUGAACUUCCUUUCGGCUAAAUGCACAAACUGCACUCUGUAAAAAGUGGCUACUUAAGUAGCAUGCAUUUUUCUCAUUGGUUUUUGAUGUCCCUAAAAACUGCAUUUUAUGGAAAGCAUGCGUACCAAUAUUCAAGAUUUUACUCCAAUCUUAUUACUCAGAGGAGGCGUUUAAUUUGGUCUUCAAAAACAUUUCUAAUUCCCGAAUAAUUUUAAACCCGCUCCACCGUUGCGCUUGGAUUAAUGGUUUCCAAGCUACAAACCGUAUAUUCUCCGCGUACGAAAACCACACCUUCCUCUACGGUAAUAAAGGGGGACCAUAUAGGGUUCAUAACAUUUAGCAGUGGAUUUGAUCCAUUUGUUAACUUUACAAGCCACAUUGGUAAAUGCAGAGACCUGACGAUUUAUGAAAGACCACUUCACGGUAUUUAAAAGUCCCAUGAUUAGAAGCUUUUUUAAAACCGAAUUAUACUCUUCUUUUGAGUAUGAAAUUGGAAGAGGACAUAAUUUUCUACCGAAUGAGUAAAGGAAUUGAUAUUUUUAUGCAUGGUUUCCAUGAAAUAUAAUGGAAUUUUCAAGGGCAUUGAAAAUCACUGAGAAAAAUGCAUGCUACAUAGUGUCGAUUUGUACACAGCCGGGUCGAAGUUCUUUCGAAAGCCGGCAUCUUGAGGUAACUGAAUUAUUGAAGAAUUAUACUGCAGACUGAUUAGUUUUACAACCCUAUUUAAUUAAUCUUUUCGAAACGAAAACGCAUUUGGGAAUUUCGGUUGACACUGCAGGAGUUAGCCCACCUACUGUGCAUUGUCUUUCUACUGGUGCAACGUAGAUGAGGGAGAUAGGAGGGUGGUAUAUUCUCAGCGUGUCUAACUGACCAUAGACUAAUUCACUCACACUUCGCCGUCGCCGAGUCGUGCACCACAACACUAACAGUGAGCCUGCUACAUCAUUUCAACAUCCACCCAACUGUUGAGCAAUCGUUCCCUGUUAGGCGGAAACAACGUCCACAAACCCUUUCCACAAAGGAUAUGUACUCAGGGCCAGACAACGUUCCGUCCGACGCCUGUGUUAAAAACAUUUUCCUCACAUCGGACACCGUUCCGACAUGCAGUUAUGGUGACGUUCUCUUCCACCUAGUUAUUUGCGAAAGAAGUUGCUUUCAAAGCCCUGUCAAAACCAAGGCUUCGUUCUUGACGGGUAUCCCAAAACGCUGGAACAGGCUCAACUUCUUUUUGGGCGUGAGUUCAAAUCUUUUUCAUUUUGAAAAGUCUAAGUAUCAACCGUAGAUGUCAGGAUUGUCAAGUUUCUUCCUUGGACUUCGAAAUCCGAAAUUUCUAUACAGUUAAAGGUGAAAGCCCGACACUUGGUUUUUCUGCGUGCUUGAAGUAGUUUAGCUUUUCAUAUAUGCAAUAAGAUAUUGCUCGCAGUAGUAGUAGUAGUAGUAGUAGUAGUAGUAGUAGUAGUAGUAGUAGUAGUAGUAGUAGUAGUAGUAGUAGUAGUAGUAGUAGUAGUAGUAGUAGUAGUAGUAGUAGUAGUAGUAGUAGUAGUAGUAGUAGUAGUAGUAGUAGUAGUAGUAUACAUGCAUGUGUGCUGGUUGUGGUGGACGGUGAUAGUACCCGUUUUGGUUAACAGCCGAUACAGACUAUCCGGAGGAUCCAAAAAAUCCCCAAUGGAACCCCCUAAUCACUCCAGAACAGGUUAUCUACCUACAAGCAAGCAAUGCCCUUGUAACGCAUCGCUUCCGGCAGAUGUUUCCACCGGAAUUCGGCAUGGAGGAACUGGAGGCACCCAAGCAGGGCCUGGCCUUUGACCCUAAGUCAGAGUUGGCGAGACGAAAGAGGCCCACCUCCGCUCAAAACGGUGAUAAGAAGACGGUGAACCGUAAUCUUAAGAAGCUGAAGAUUGACUGGGAACUGCCCGAAGAAGAACCCCACCACCGGCUGGUCCGUAGGCUGGAAGAGUACAGAGCCCGUAUGGCUCCGCAAGCAGCGGCAGAAAUUAUUGAGGCCCUUCUAGCGGAUGCAGAGCAUAGUAAGUCCGCUUCCAGCUCUGUUGACCCCGACAUAUGUGCCUACUAAUCUAAUUAUUUAUAUUCGUGAGAAGACAUUGCAUGUUUAAGCAGGUUUAAGACCUUGGGGGCGCACCCCGGCUUAUCAGUUAACUCGUAGCCGAGAGGCCAGCUCUUCGGGUGUGAUGAUUCUUCCAAAUAAUUACGAGGUACGUUGCCCGAUCCGAAGUCGAAUUAACAACGGGCCUGAGUGGACUACUGGGUGGCUGCAAGUCCACUCAAGCAUGCGGGUGACCUUCGUAGCCUCGGCGCGCGUUAAGGUCAUGGUACUCUGUCACCACUAGGUGACUGGCGUCUGGUGCUAACAAGACGCGAGCUGCAAGAAAGUGCGUCAUUGACGACUGUGCAGACUGCCUUACCUCUAGCCGUCGCGAGUGAAGACGUUCAUGCUGUGUCCCAGCCGCUUGUGCGUGAAUAAGCUUACGAUGCAGCAGGCCUGCACAGCAGCUACCACACACUCUCCCCUCUCACCUACCUUGCUCCGAUGGCAAGAUGGUGUCAGGACGGCCUCCGGUGAGCUCGGGUGCAGUAACCCACAAAGCGUCCCGGUUCCAUUAUAUUAUUCGGCUCGGAUCACCGUCCACGGGAAUGUCAUACAGGUCACACUAGGCAGGCAUUAUUGCAGUCUGGCUCUCCGUCCUGGGAAGGACCGAGUUUUCCAGGCAGUUAACAGCGUUCCAAGCCACGGUGUUUUGAACGUCGGAUUUAUCAUAGUGAGGGAUGCGCUGGUUUGUGGUAGGGAUGAAUUCUUCACUGUAGGCCUCGCUCUCUCUCUCUCUCUCUCCCCCUCUUCCCUCCAGCGGCGAUGGAAUUUAAUGCAGUGACUGACGCUACGUAAACGUCAACAUCUAGGACCUAGCAUGAACCGAGAAUUGAUUGAAGCCUGAGCCUCGGAUUAGAACUCAGUUAAUCGAUUUAUUGAUCAGGCGCCGACGUACACAGACCUGUGUAAUCGCCUCCAAUCAGGUGUCAUCGAUCGAUAACUGGCUUGCACGUUCUAUAAUGGUCGCUCUGACGAUGGACUCCUGCACGACUUCGAAUGCUCAGAAUAAGAAACAGGCUGUUCCGGUGUUCGACCAGCCUUCGUCGUCUUCUUCUUCUUCUUCUUUUUCGGUGGAAAUAAGCUUCCGAGCCACUUCAGCCCAACUUAAUUUCCAGAAAGCCUAACUCGGACAAGCCUUUUGCGCUAAAAAGAGGUAAGACAGAGUAAUGUCGACAUCGGAGAUGAACUCAUGUUCAUGGCAAACCAGCACAUUCAUCAACCAGAUGUGCUAGAACCUGUUACGACGCAUUAUCAUCCGCCUCUCAGAAAGUUUCCAACUGGUUGCGUAACUCAUUUGACACGCAACUGAUUGCUAAAGUAAAAUAAUUCUUUCUUAAUGUGACCUUUACGACACCUGUCGUCUCUGUUAAAUAAGAGACAGUAGUAGAUGAAGUUUGGAUCACAAGGACUGAGGGGACGAGGUCAUCUUUGGCGCAUCUAGACGAACUUUUUUGGCUUAACCUGCCAGUGUGCCCAAGCUCACGUCUGGUUGCGCUGACUCUGUCUUACCGCAGGAACGUGGGGGAGGGCGAGGGCGGGAGGGCAAGGAGUGUGCAGCAGAUGCUGUGCAAGUCUUCCAUCACAACAAAAUAAUUUGCUUUCCAGUAAACUUCCUGCGUCCAAAGGACGUCAUUGUUCGCGAUGGCGGUCGAAGUGAGGUGACAGGUGUCUCUCUUCUCAUGAGACAGUCACUUUCUGACCAUUCCCUUUACCUGGCAUCAUAUCAGGUCAUUUUGUGGAGGAACCUUGUUUGGUAAAAGGAAAAGGGAACUUCCUACCCUCGCAUGCAAAAAAUUGGGAUGGAUCUGGCCAGAACUGUUGAACUUCUAGGAUCACACAGUUGUGAACAGACGGCACAGUCUAGUAGUUCCUGAGCUGAGACUGUUAAAUCACUGAAAUCUCUUCCAAAUAGACAAAACUGCUUAUUUCGCUGCGGAGCUCCAAGAAAUACUGCCUAUCGUUGGAUUUGUUUUGGCCUGAACAAAAAACAGCGCUACAUCACGGAAUAGAGCGGACAGCUACGGCGUACUCAGUUGUCACCGAUCGGCCAUAUUUUGGCCAACCUCGAAUAUGAAGUCGAAGUGAUCUCCUUAAGAUGGGUUUGCUCUUUUACAAAUAUGCCCGAAACUAGAGUUAAAAAAGGCCAGUUAGCAACUCAGGCGUUAUAUUUUUCCUGUAUCUGCACAUUUGUUGUUCGAGGCGAGGCGGCCGCACGAAACAUGCCUGGCUUCUCGGAUACACCGACCAGCUCUCAAAUGCCCUCUGUAUCUUGAGAAGACGUCGUCGGUUGUGCACAAUGUUGAUGAUAUACUACUGAUUAAAAUCAACUGUUUUCCGUUAAUUGAACGAUAGAACCAAAGAAAAAAGCCACUGCGGAGGAUAACCCAGACGAAGCCCUUCUUCCACGGAGAUCCCUGGCUCCGGAAGUUCCAGACCCCUCAGAGAAAAACGUCCUCACUUACUUUGACCUUCGCGAGCUCCAUCCUCUUGUCAUAAACAUGGAUGCUGACAAAACUCAGGCAAGUCCCCCACUUGGUCUCAUUCAUGAACUCGCCCCCUCUAUUUCACAUGUCUCCUCCCUAACAAGUGUAAACUUCCGACUUCCCAAGUUGUCGGUUUUCUGAACGAAAGAUUAUUACGGAGAUAGCCUGAAGCCGCCAGUACCCGGCACAGAUUUAACACAAGCAUAAACAGCAGGCCGAUAGAAGCGAAUAAGCGAGUUCCAGGAAGCAGUUCAGAAGAAUAAGAUGGGAUCGCUGGAACAAGAAGCUUACAGGCCUGACGUUUCGGAUUCUCACUCCAACCCAUCAUCAGAGGCGGUUGCAAAUAAAGUAAGUAGAGGCACAGAGGGUGCAGUAUUUAUAGUACGUAUCUGCCGUAGGGCCACAUGCGAACUAUAAUUAACAGCCCUCGUAAUCACCACUGGGAGGUCGUAAUUAAGGCGAUGAUGGCUCGUCAGUCCGCAUGUCUUCCCGGUUAUAUGCACAAUCUGCACUUGUUAAAAAUGACAACAAAAUUGGCCUGAGUAUUUUCACCGACUUUAUGUGCUAUUAUAAACCCAGGCAUAUUUUGUUUAGAGCAUUUCCGACGCACUAUGUCAUCCUCAAACUUCUUGCUCGAAGUAACGUCAUCUUUCUGUUGCAAAACUGUUAUUCAUUUCCGGAUUAAUUUUGAGCCUGAACGGCUGUUACGGAAACGUUAAGGGUUUCCAAACUACAAGCUGUUCAGAAGAAGAAGAAGAAGAAGAAGAAGAAGAAGAAGAAGAGGAAGAUGCGAUCACUGAAACCAGAAGUUUAUUGGCCUGACGUCUCUCCCGGCGACCAAAUGACUACAAUAAUAAGGAGCACCCUCAUUCAUCUCUGGGAGUCUUAUUUGAUGCGAGGAUUGCUUGUUGGUCCAUACCUGAGUCGUUAAUGGUCGUGAUUUCAUCGCCGCCGUUGAUUCUUGCGGUGACGAUUACUCGGAAGUUGGGGCCUACUGUCACCGGAACUGUUGGUCGCCCGUACUCUCCCCGCGUGGUUAAUUAUUCUGCUCAGGCAACAUCUCAGCACAGAAUAUGGAGGCGGAAAAUCAUUACGCAUGUUAAUUCGAUACUGGUCGGAGGACCGUGACUCAACCAAGUCGCGGCUCACACAGAUGUCAUCUCUUGCGAGGAUUUCGGCCUCAUUAAACGUGAAGGUGUGGACGGGUCGCUUACAAUGAGUCGCGAUCUGGAAGCUAGCGUCAUUCCUCCUCACUGCUGCUGCUGCAGCAUGUUCAGCCAUUCGCGUCCGGAGUAAUCCAUCAGUUUCUCCGAAGUAGUUGCCUUGUUCGCAACUGCACCAGAUUCGGUAGAUGACUCUGGACGUUUCACGUAGUGGCAGUGGAUCUUUCGGCCUCAUUAUUUGAAGUUUUAUAGCUGGCUCCGGCCCGUGUGUAAGCCCAACAGCAAGUGGUAUGGGAAGCCGGCUGGCGGCUUCCAAGCCGUUCUUCGCGUACGGGAGCUCGCACUACAAUUUUGGACCGGUUUAAUUUUGUCUCUCAUCGCGUUUACACAUGCACCGGCUGACAGAGUUGCGCGGGUAACCGUUCGCCUUGGGUACCCCUCGAAGGUAUUUUAAUUCAGCAACCUUGUCUUCCGGUUCGACACAAUGCGUCUCCGCACGCCAAUACAGCGCACCUACGUAAAUGCGUGUGUGACUAAUUUGGUGGCUGCCGUUGUGCCCUCAGAACGGGCCACGCGUUAGAUGCGCUGGACUAACAAGGGGGCCACAUCGGACUCUGGCAGGCGUUAUCUGUGCGCAAUAACAAAUGCCAAAAUUUGCGGGGUGCGCUGGCGGACCCUGUUGUCGGCAUUCGUCGCACAACCGGAUCACUGUCUCCACCCCACUGUUUUGUGGUCAAAAUCCUGGUCAUUUGUGUGUGGACCAGGGGGUGAGGAGUGGAGCGCCAAGGCGAGGAUCCGUCCGAGCCAUCCACCUGCGGCCCCCCCGUCUCCGGUCUUCUUGUUUCUAUCUUGACACCGGGCCCAGGCGGGGGAGGAGGAGAGAGUGUAGGUAGAUGCAGCGCAAGUCUACUGGCACUAUAAACCCCUGCGUAAGUCACCGUCCCUGCACCCACAAUGCAGUCUGUGGGGCACACGGUGGUCAUCGUCGAAAUCGACGGACGAACUGUCGGCUGCCGUUAAAGCUCACUACCGGCAUCGUACUAGUCGCUUUCCUAAACACUUGAGUUUUUAGGCCACCACCAUCUUUGCAGUAGACGAUGAUAUCAAGGAGGGCUAGCUGGUCGUCGUCCUCCUCCUCCUCCAUCGUAGAUGUUCGGAGAUGCUCUUUGAAUGCCAUUACCUGCCCCUGUUCGAUGACGACGAAGUUUUCGUCUAUAUGCCAAGCCCAGAAUUCCGGUCUGUGGUGUCGGAAGACCAGCGACUCCAACCGCUGUAGGACUGCCUUGUCUAUGAGUCCCGAAAUCGGCGAACACAUUGGCGUUCCCUUCAACCGCUCGCAGACUGUUCUGUCCAAAGUAAUGUACGUCAUCAGACUGCCUUGGCUAUGAGUCCCGAAAUCGGAGAUUCUUACAUCGAGAUGGGAGGUGUGUCUUAAGACAGAACCUCAAGGGUUGUUGGAGGAUUUGGAUGUGCCCGAGGCGAUCCUCCGUCUUAUCGCAUUUGUUCUGUAGGAGUAAUUCAACGGUCUCGACUGGUAUGUCACACCAGUAGUCGCCUUCUGCAUACUUCACCACUUGGCCAGUCGAACCGUGAUGCCCUCGGAAACUGCUUACUGUGAUAGGCCUGUAGCAGCCCAGCAACUACAUCCUAUAAAUACUGCAGCACCUGGGCAAUCCACUACUCUUAUCUGACUCAAUCUCUGAUGAUGGAUUCGAGUGGGAAUCCGAAACGUCAGGCUAAUAAUGUUCUUAUUCUAACGAUCAUUUCUCCUUUUUCUCUUCCAGUGAAUAUUAAUUCAUUGAAAAUAAUGGCGACAGUGCGAAAUUGGAAAGUAUAGUGACAAAGGCGCCAUUGUUGCUGAGAGUGAGACCAUCACUAGGGAUGAUACGGGUCUAGGUAGACAUAGAGCAGGUUGGACAGCUCCGGGUUUCAUGGAGAGCCGAACUAUGUAUGUGGUGGCGGGGAGCACCAUUUGCGAACCCAUUUUCCGUCUCUUCUGUACCCAACUCUCUAACCGUGGUACACAAAUUUUGAGCCACAGACGUAGUAGGGUCACGCGCGGUGGUCCAAUCCUGGUACCACAACUUGUGGUACCGGAGAGGCGAAUGGCGAGGUCUUCCCACGAAUCUUAGUUAAACGGGUAACCAUACCUGCACCCCUACAACAGAUGCGGUGGUGGUGGAGGUGGCGGUGUUCGUUUGUUUCACUUAUCAGUCUCCUGAUUGGAAACUCGAGAGAGAGUUCGACCGUCGAUUUCGACGAUGUCCACUGUGUGCCCCACAGACUGCACCUUGGGAGCAGGGACGGUGACUUACGCAAGGGUUUAUAGUGCCAGUAGACUUGCGUAGCAUCUACCUACUCUCUCUUCUCCUCCCCUGCCUGGGCCCGGUGUCAAGACAGAGUCAAGAAGACCGGAGACGAGGGAGGCCGCAGGUGGAUGGCUCGGACGGUUCCUCACCUUAGCUUUCCACCACACCCCCUAGUCCACACAACAAUAACCAGGAUUUCAACCAACACAACAGAGAUUUGGGGGCUAGCACGGCCGAAGUCGCACCUGGGCGUGCCGCCAACGCCUGGCUCGGAUCCCACACUGUGGUGGGAAUGCCAUAAAGGCCACAUUAAAAAGGAGCCAUUGCAGCCUGACUCUCAGACCGCCUCCCGUUAAGGAGGAAGUCCAGGGUAUCCCGUCAGUUGGCAACCUUCCAAGCCACGGCUUUUAGCGCACCGUAAUAGCUUCAAGCGCGUCAGAUUGUUUAUAGUGAGGAGAAAGUGCGCUGAGUCGUCGACCUCACUCUCCCUUCCCAUUCCCACACACCAGCCGCUGUCCGAGCCGGUCAGCAGACUGGAGUGGGGAAUGGGCGCGGUGGCUGACAUGGUCGACUGACCAUGCCUGCGCGCGCCACAGCACGACCUGGCCCCCCAUACACACAAACACCAGGAUUUCACACAACGGGGGUAGAACGGCGUGUCUCCCACUUGCGUGAGAGGGCCGUGGAAGGUGCUGCUUCAGCCCGUCCCCAGCCCACCAGUCCGCCACUACACACAACACACACAUACAACGUGACGAACUGCGUGAACCGAGAGCAGGCCUCAAUCAGCAACCUUCCUAUCCACGACGCUUGACGUGUCGGCAUAGUCUCGGACACAAGUCACCCGUGCAGCCGAAGUCGCAUGGGGACCGAGUCGAGAUGCACACUUCCCAUUUGCGUGGUAGGCGGCAGUUGAGUGCAUGAGGUGUGUGAGGGUUGAUGUCUGGUGGGGUGAUGGUGUUAGGAGGUAGGGAGUGAGGGAAUAUGUGGUGUGACCGGCGGUUGUCUACCGCAGGUCGUCGUGGAUGCGCAUGUGGCCGAAUAGACCCAUGCGAUGCGUGAAGGUGCGAGGGCAGUGUGGGCAUUUUCUUGCGCGCGAAACCAGCAUUGUUCCAAGCCGCCUCUAACGUUAUGUUUUUUGCAAUUUAACCUUUUCCGUUGCAGCUUAUGAAGCCCAACGGCCCGCAAGUGGGGGCCUUCGAGAAGGCGGUAAAAUUCAUCGGCCCGCCAACGGCGACCGCGACAGAGUAUGUGCGCCGAGCUGAGGGCACCUUCGAGGAGAUUGCAAAGCAGGCUGAGGAAGCGGCCUCCGAAAAGGAGGCGGAUUACGAGAGGCGGUCGGAGGAGGCGAACAUCCUGCUGAACCAGGAAGAAGCCAUCUGGGUGCGUUAGUGUUGUCUACCCCUCCUCACCCCGGUUACAUGGGCUCUGGGGGUUUUAAAAUCACUUGAUAGGCGUCAUUCAUGUUUUAAUUCGUUUCGUCCAUGUGGUGCAUCAUCAGAUGAUUAUGAGUAGUCUCUUUGAGCCGGUGCUAAACGAAGUUACGGUGAGAACACCGUCGUCUAGUUCUUUCUUUUUUGUGAACAUGGGCAUAACAGCAAGCGCCUCAUCCGGAUUCACCACAGUCCCCCCCUGGAGGAGAAAGCCUCCAUAUAUAACGAAGCCCAACCGGGGAGCCUUUGGACUGACUAGCACAGCAACUGCUGCAUGAGAGAGAGGAUCCAUUUCUUCGACAAAUUUAACGCAGUCCUUAUGAUAGUGAAAUUUUACGCACGCCGAAACUCUCUCAAUUCAUUAAACCUCCUGGCUUGGAAGGUUGCCAAAUGACAGAGUAACUCGUUCCUUUCAAAACGGAGCGUCAGGCUGCAACUUCGCCUUAGUCUAACCUCUAUGACACUGCCACCCAGCUGGAAUCCGAGCUGCUCCUUGUUUUCGUGAAAACCUGAUUCAGCUUGUGUGGGCAAGAUCGUGUGGCCGACGUAGGUGAACUGUCUAGAUUUGCCACCUACUAUUUUUUUCGCCGAGACUCAGGUGAGUGAGUGAGUAAGGAGAGAGUGCGAGGGAUGCUGCGCAGGUAUGUCUCACUACAAACUUACUUAGGCGCAAAUUCCUAUUCUUCACCCAUCAUACUGUGAGGCACACUGUGGCAUCGUCUUUCUCGACGGUCGAAUUAACUUGACAUUGAUCUUCGUCUGCACUAAUAAAACAAGCGCAUGUGAACAAACACGUGACUGCAUUCUUCCUACAAGUUGUGCCCAGUGCAGAUGACAACCACUUUCUCCACGUGCAUUACUCACUUGCUGAAAUUCAUGUACAACUACCUGAAUUUUGAAUCGAUAAAUCCGUUCGCAAGCGUUGAAUUCCCUUAUAAAAAAAACCAUUUGGCCGCCUUUUAUGGAUAGUUUAUGUACUUACAUCGUUUAUGUACAAGCGAAAGCUUGAACUCUCAGAGAUGAGGAAACCAACCAGCACCAAAACCACGCUUCUUUGUAUCAGCUUUCCAGGGACAAAACGGGUCUUGUUUGUUGAACAUUAUACCCCUUUAGUAAUAUCUGCCACGAGUAUGUAAAUUCCUGUAACGAUUCAUAUAUGCUGACGAGAGUUCAUUAGACCAUUUCAGUGUGCUCUUGUCAGAGUUCCGGGCCUAAACCACUCGGUGAUUAUCUUUAGAGCUGUCGAUUUUAUCACUGGACCCGCCACGCGGGUGCCAUUUAACUGUAUUCCCCCGAGUCUAAAUGAAAAUACUCGCUACUUAUUAUAAUUGAGUACCAUUUAACGGUCGAAUGUUUUUGAUAUGAAGUGGUCGAAAUCAAGGCGAGGGUCGGCUUCGUUCUUAGCAUAUGCUCACAAAAUUUCUGCAUAAAUUGUCUUGACAACCAAACCGUAAUUUUUUCUUAUAUGUGCUCGCUCAGGCUGACUACUUAAAUCUGCUGAAGAACGAAAAUCAGGAGAGGUGGGAUACCAAGAACUUGCCGCGAAGGAAUUACCUCCUACAGUAUGUCCUUCCAAAAGUGACCGAAUCACUUGUCCUCUUUGCCGAGAAUCGCAGCCAGGAUCCCAUCGACUUCUUGGUGAGUGUAACAGCAGCUUUGUACAGUAUAUUAUACCCUCAAUCUGCUAUACUUUUUGAACGAUUGAUGUCUGUAAGAGAGAUUGUGCAGGCUUUGUGUGGAACUGGCAAUGACAGGUGACAGACACGAAGACACGCGAAGUUUGUCGAAAGAGCUUGAAGACCAAAAUAAACGUGUGCAGCAUAUAUUCUGUUGCUAACUAAAUAUGAGCAGAAGUAUUUCUGUUUUUAACCCAGCUUUAGUCUUAUUGAAAGCCAGAUCUCUCCCCGGUACGAACCCACGCUAGACCGGCUGCGAACGAGAUCAUUAAAAGUCACAUUGCAGCACCGCUGACCGACAUACUCUAAUUGUGAAAACGGGCACUUUCAGUUUAUUAACUGCCAGCAUACAAUCUUAGUCAGUGUAGAUAUUUGAUGACGGUGAAUAAGCCAGAAAUUUUCAUUCCAGUCUUACCCUUUUCUGUCAUGUGCCGCUUUACAAAUAAAUGAAUUGCUUGUCCGCUCGACUAGUCAUUUCGUUGCAGUAUCCGAAAGGACCAGAGUUUGAGUCUGAUUAUAAUUCGGCGUGAAGCGUCCCAAGCAAGUGUAAGCCUUCCAAAUCUGGUACGUAUGACGUAAAUGAUAAUGUUCUCAGGAGUCGUAAGUAUUAAGCAAAACCGGCUAGUGAAUGAUACUGAUGUUCAGAACGUAGAAUAACCUGACAGCAGAGCACGAUAGUGGAGCACGCCAGCGAAGCGGAAGUCAUCCAGUCGAGUUGUUUUCGUCACGUCAAAACAAGCAAUUCGAUAAAAGAAAACGGAACUAGAUUGUCAAAGGUGAAUUAGUCUGGUAUCUCGCCACACGUACGCCGCGCUAAGAAUCAUGUGAUUGGUGCUUAUUCAGCCUUGAGGCCAACCAAUCACUGGCGAACAUAAACUUAGUAAACUCAAAGAAAGAGCGUUAGAUCUCUCGGUAACAUUUCCCAGACUGAACCGCAGCCCGCCGGACAGUGGCUGUUUGGGGGAUUGAUGAAGGAUUAAUUCCAUUGUAUCUCACUCCCUCAUCGUCACAAAAGUUCAACUUUCCAAGACUAACCUAGAUGGUGGAUAAGGUCUCAUUGAAUGGAGGGCAAUACUCUCCAUGUACUAAUACCCUUAUGGCUUUCACCCCUUUACAUGUAACGGCCCGAAGACAUUACCGUGGCUAACUCCACAACCGCCUGUUUGUCAGAGCCGAAAGUCUCCCUCUAUCACAGCUAGCAGUUAUUGAAGGCCAUCCAUCUGUCAGCCGUGUACCCGUCGGGUGAUUCUCGGUUGGACGGGUCCCGUCUGCCGAGAGGAGUGGGUUUCGUCAUCCCUGUGCCCGUAUCCAGAGCGGCGGCAAAACGCAAAAUCUUGCAUUUCAUUUUUAUAUCUCGGAACUGCGUCAUCAAUUACUCUCCUUUGUUAUGGGGGACGGAAACGGGAUGGAGUUAGGACCCAAGGCGAAAAGGACACACCGCCAUAUGUAGCACAGCGGGUAAAGUUAACUGUGAAGUGCCCGCGUGAAAUCAGCCAGCCAAUCAGCGUGCGAUGCGCUAUCGAGCAGGCACGAUGUCAUUGUUCGCGCCGGCUGCCCAAUCGAUGGCAAGAAACAGCAACACCAAGCCCAGUAAAACAGACGUCAGCAUGUCCUAUAGCAGUUAUGAGUAGAAAAAAGGCAAGUUUUAGCACGCUAGGUGACCAUGUUACUCAGGUUGGCAGAAUAAGUAGGCUUCUCCCGGAAUUCGAAUUCAUCUUUUUUCAUCCACCCGUCGGGACAUAAGAACAUGUUUUUUUCCGGACUCCGAGGAGCGUUCCUGUGUUCUAAGCAACUGCCUGUCGGGCUUAUUACGUAAUCGCUUCGGUGAAAACUUAUAUGGGAAGGAUGCUUUGUUGAUGACACACCCUAAGGGCUGUUUUCGAUGUUGCAAAGGCGAGUUUUCUUACGUCAAUUUACCAGCGUAAGUGCUUGCUGGGCAUUUCAUGACUUAUUUUUGGAUAUUUCCGACAAAGAAACCAAAGCCUUAAAUUCUGAAGCGUUUAGAAUGCAGGCCUCCUGCGUCCUGUUAAUCGGGCAGCCCGAGUUCAGAUGAGCCAGAUAAAAGCCCUGCCAAUAAUCUCCACAUGAUAAACGAUCAGAUGUUGUAUCAAAAGAAGCGGCUAAUUGUCGAAAUUUCCUCCCCAAAGGGAGUAUGUCCUUGCAAAAUGGGGUAUUUCAAUCUCAAAUACGUUUGGCUGUGAUCGUGUCUGACGAAGCCAGUCACAAUGGUAUCGUGGAUACUGUCUCUUCAGGAGUAAGAAUCAUCGACAACAUCUAGCGGCGAUGCCCAAAUGUCGUAGGUCUUGGGGCCGCCUCCACGUCUUGGCAAGCAGUGUUGAGCUAGAUUUCGAGGUGAUCUCAUCCCUCAGACAGCGCCGCCGCAGCGUGAAUAACCUAUUUCAGACUUCUCGGAUGACCGGAGAUACGUUUGUACCGUUGAAGAGAAUUACCGGUCAUUUCUGCCUUACGAGUCGUUAUCAGUCAGCAAAACCCGACCCCAGGUUUUGCAACCCCUUAGGCUCGGUCCCGCCAACUGUUGGUCAGAAGUUCAAAACCCUAACCACGGAUCCUUUGUCCUGUCAAUUGCGAUCGGGUAUAUACAGUUGCACAAAGUGGGACGAGUGUGUUUCGUAUCGCGAUCGGUGAGCGCCCCUCUACCGUUUUCGAAACAAAUGCGGGGCGCCCAUGAAACUACAGAUUAUAUCCCCGAAGCCAAAACUCAACGACCAGGUCCCCUUGCUCAACAAUCCACUCAGUGACACGUCGUUCUUACGGACUCCUGUGUACUUCCGACCACAAAAGACCUAAUGUGAGUUUCGUGGUUCAACUGAUAGGCACUUGAUGUGAAUGCGCAGUGGCCAAUCAGUUCGAGUCCAAAUCUUCCCCAAGGGGGGCUGGAGAAUGGCUGACUGGUGAGGGUAGGAAACGACGAUUCGAGUCUCUCUAGUUCUUGUUAAACCGUAUGACAACACACUACUUUAUCAACGUUUUCUAUGCUUGAAGCUCGCACUUGUUAGUAUGCUUGUCAGUCGAGGCUCGACAACCCACCGCAUAAAGAUUUUAUCUCUUGUCAAUCAAUAUCAACUUUCACUCUAGUCAUGCCUCCGGCCUGAAAGUACAAUAAAGGUUUUUAGCCACAUUUUCACUGGCUUGGUGAUGGGUCGACAACUCGAGACUUCUUAAAUCAGAUAUCAGGGAAGACGGGGUUAGUGGACAAUAUCCACUGAAGCGAGGAAAUGUACACGUGGGUCAGUAGGCAAUGACAAAAAAUCCUCCACCGGCUCGGGCGCAAAAUUUGUGUCAGCGUCUAGGCUUUGAUCGGUCGCGAUCGAUCGAUAAGAACGUAAUAUCGAUCCGCACUGCGCUAUCGACAAUCCAAAAGAUGAAUAACACGCGAACUAAAGACGGCCUGAGUGAGCGGUCCUGCCGACGACCACGGGAGCAGACCGUCACAGGCUCUUCGGACUGCCUUCAGAGAACUAUGCGGUGACUCUAGGACACAGAGACGGUCUGCGAUAAUUAUUUAAAUCAAACGCAUAAAGGCCGGCCAUAUAUAGAUAUAUCCCGUUCAUCCUCCCCAAAAGAAGACGAAGAAGAAAAAGAGGCGAUGCCAUGGACCACACUGUAUUGGUGCUGACGUUUCGGAAUCUUCCUCGAUUCCAUCAUCAGAGUAGUGGUAGGGUGUUUGUUCCUGCUAGCUCAGAGUUGUUCUGUCUCGUCGCCUGCCUCGUGUUAUAGGCAUGCCUGAUACACGAACUCUGACCUGCUUGCUGGCGGGCGAUUGGCUUAGGUCUCUCCGUGGCCGACCGCUGGGGCGCUGGUGUGACCUCUGCCCCCUGCCCGGUCGCUGUAUUCGCUGCUAGGUCCGUGUGCCCUUGGGCCAUCCCCCCAUAAUUUGACGGGCCGAUCGGCUGCCGUUGCAUGUGGGAAUCGUGGUCGUCUGUUUGGGCGCGUCGGUGGGUCGAUGUCUCGCGUCGGUCGUCUGACAGCCGGCUGGCUCUCUCCCCCUGCUGGGAUUGGGGUGGCCCAUAAACCGGAAUCCACCAUCAGGCAGCAGAUAAUGAGGCCGAAUGACCAGCUACCUGCAACGGAACAAUCAGCAGUGGUCUACAGCAUACCUUGCCAAGAUUGCAGUGCAAGGCAUUUUGGUGAGACGGGCAAACGCCUCUGCACAAGAUUGCACGAGCACCAGCUUGCAGUCAACCGCGAGGAUAAGCUGUCACUGGUAUAUGGCCACAUACAACAGGAGAAGCACAGUUUCGCCUUUGGGGAGGCAAGCGUCAUCGGCUGAGCCAGCGACAAGAUGGCCAGACUGGUUCUCGAAAGUUGGUCCUCAGUUGACACAAUCGACAGAGCCAUUGAUCUUUAUCCGGCCUACCAGGCGCUUCAUACGAGGCUCCAGUCAGUUCGGACGUGGCCGACAACACUGGCGAACAAAUCGCGGCUCUCUCAUCAGUUGUCACCUUCCAAGCAGGGGGGGAGAGCCAGCCGGCUGUCAGACGACCGACGCGAGACAUCGACCCACCGACGCGCCCAAACAGACGACCACGAUUCCCACAUGCAACGGCAGCCGAUCGGCCCGUCAAAUUAUGGGGGGAUGGCCCAAGGUCACACGGACCUAGCAGCGAAUACAGCGACCGGGCAGGGGGCAGAGGUCACACCAGCGCCCCAGCGGUCGGCCACGGAGAGACCUAAGCCAAUCGCCCGCCAGCAAGCAGGUCAGAGUUCGUGUAUCAGGCAUGCCUAUAACACGAGGCAGGCGACGAGACAGAACAACUCUGAGCUAGCAGGAACAAACACCCUACCACUACUCUGAUGAUGGAAUCGAGGAAGAUUCCGAAACGUCAGCACAAAUACAGUGUGGUCCAUGGCAUCGCCUCUUUUUCUUCUUCGUCUUCUUUUGGGGAUGAUGAACGGGAUAAUCUAUCUGGACCUCGAAUCUUCGCUCAUGUUGAUAUAUGUAUAUAUAUACCGAUAAGGUGUGUGCGCAAGUUAUUACCUAUUCCUUUCUGUUUUAGGCUGAAUACCUGCUCCGCAAUUCUAAGUAG